UUCAUCUGAACAAGCAUGAAAUGACUGCUUGCAAUGACCGUGGUUAUUUUAUCAGUACUUUCUUACCCUACAUCUAAAAGGACUUUGAAUUGUUAUAUAAGAAAUGAAGAUGAGACAUUCACCCAGAACAUAUUUCCUAACUGUCACUUGACAUGGAGGAUGGUAAAAUACGAAUCCGCACCAUUUGCUGCUCAAUGUUUACAUUUUAUAUCUGGUUAAAUGGCAUUGCUGACUCUAUGCAACCAGUGAGGUCAACUGGACCAAAUGUCCUCUUCUUGGUCUUGGAUGACCUACGGCCUGCAUUGGGUUGCUAUGGAAACAAGGAGGUCCACACACCAAACAUUGACAACUUGGCAAGACAGUCAUUUAAGUUCAACAAUGCAUUUGUGCAGCAAGCCCUUUGUGGACCAAGCAGAAAUUCCUUCCUGACAAGUCGCAGACCAGAUACGAUCAGGGUGUACGACUCUCACUCAUACUGGCGCAAAACAUCUGGAAACUUUGUCACUCUUCCACAACAUUUCAAGAACAAUGGUUAUAUAUCUGUGUCUGCAGGAAAAGUUUUUCAUCCUGGUUCAUCAUCAGGUGGGGAUGAUGAUUACCCCUACAGUUGGACCCUCCCUCCCUACCACCCAUCAACAAUUAAAUAUAAGAUGGAGAAGGUAUGUCCUGGUCCAAAUGGCACAAAGGGCAUGAAUCUCAUUUGUCCUGUAGAUGUCUCCACUCAACCAGAGGGGACGCUACCUGAUAUCCAGACAGCAAACUAUGUCAAAUCUUUUAUCAACAACAUCACUGAAACAUUGCAUAGGCCUUUAUUUUUGGCUGUGGGCUUUCAUAAACCACAUAUA